AUGCCUUUACUCGUGGUAUCCCGCUAAUAGCUCGCGGAGAGUCUGGCACGGGCUAGCUACAGUAGUAAAUAGCAUGCGGGAGUCGAUACAUGCCCUUCGUUGUGACUUGUUGUGCCUUCAAGACACACAGAGCGAACGGACGCGGUCGAGCAUAACUCAAAAACCGAAAGAGAUAAAGCCAUGAUAUUUUGCAGGAAUGUACAUAUCGAUACCUAUUGUGAGUUACACCGACACAUGUAGUAUGCCCAUUAAAAUAUAUUGCCCAUUAUAAUGUAUUGCCUGGGGCACUUUCGUUGUUGUUUACAGUAAACAACAUUGUUUACAAACAAAAAAGUAUGACGCUGCACAUGUGGUUAAGUGCUAUGUGAAAGAAAGUUUGCAUACAUAAUGAAUUCAAUAGCCAACAUCAAAAUCACAACAACACAUGUUGGUAAAUGACAACAAAUAGCCUCAGGCACUUUUCUUUAAAUAAUACUUCUUCACUCCACAAACUUGCUAACUGUAGCACGCAUAGAGAUGAAACUUGGUGCGUAUGCCUAUUAUAUCAUUUCCAUGACGACCGCAUAUUGUUCGAAAAGGCCUCAGGCAAUUUUCUUUAAAUACUUCUUCACUCCUCAAACUUGCUAAACUGUAGCAUGUAUAGAGGUGAAACUUGAUACACAUACGUAUUAAACUGUUUCCAUGACAACCACAACACAAAGUAGCCUCAGGCACUUUACUUACUUCUUCACUCCUCAAACUCGCUAACGGUACCUCACAUGGAUAUGAAACUUGGUACGCAUGUGUGUAACAUCGUUUCCAUGACGACCACAACAACAAAUAGCCUCAGGCACUUUUCUUUAAAAUUACUUCUCCACUCCUAAAACUUGCUAACUGUAGUACGCAUGGAGGUUAAACUUGGUGCGCAUGUGUAUUACAUCAUUUCUAUGACGACCACAACAACAAAUAGCCACAGCCACUUUUCUUUAAAAUUACUUCUUCACUCCUCAAACUUGCUAAUGGCAGCAUACAUGGAGAUAAACCAAUGUAUGCAUAUCAUUUCCAUGACGACAACGGGCACUUUCUCUAUUAUAAAUUUUAUAGGGGCUUGCAGAGAUAAUACGUAGUAGUAUAUGAAAAUGAGUGGAGACAAGUAAAUUAAAAAUCCUGCGAAUUUAAAAAAGAGUGCAUAUAGGGAUCGUAUAAAAAGAAAGGGAGACAAGAUAGGGAUGGUGUUUGUGGAAGCACAGAGAUGCUAGCGAGGAGUUAAGGACUCCCACAGGUCAUUACAACAGCCCUAUAUCAUCGUAUCGGUGCUUUACUACUUCCUCGUGAAUAUAUCAGCCAACCUUGCAUACUUGAAUUUUGUUUUCUUGCGUUACACAAUUUUUCCAUGUUUCCAUGUAUAAACAUGUAUAUCCAAUGUUAUGGUCAGCUGAUUACACUCCCACCUUAAUGCACACUCCAUGGAAAUGUAGCAUGACAAAUCUAUCAAAGGUAAUUAGUAAGUAGACUCUCUCUUCACUCCCACUCCCACCCUACGAAGAAGAUUGGAAACUUUCCCUAUCAUAGCCCCAUACAUCUAUGAUGCUAGGUACUCCCACCGUACGACGAUAUAGGGCUGUUGUCAACUACACACAGAAAAGAAGAAGAGCUUCCCUGGGUGGGAUUCGAACCCACAACACUCUAUAGUCUAGAUGAGGGCUCUACCAACUGAGCCACCAGGGCAACUCAGCUGGUAGGGGUUUGAAUCUACACAACAUAACACAACACAAAGGCACACCUCAAACCAACUGUGCUAUAUAUGGCACAGUAUACGACUCAGUACGUAGGAAAAUGGCAGGACAUCGUCUCACAUGGCAUGAACACACACAUAAGUCAAACUAUGGGCAUGGGGAAAGGAAGUAAUACAUACCUAAAAUAAUAUUGCAACUGAAUGUACAAUUUCAUGGUAAAAGGAUUAUUGCUAAAAUGUGUGUAAUCCCAUUUCACGAAUCAUUUCUUCUUCUUAUCUUCACUGCAAUUCUAAAUAUGCACAAAACAUCCUACCUUGUCAUUCAAUGUGGGAAUUUUCUAUGGUGUUAAUAACUACCUGUACGUUGGGGACUGCAAUUCUAAAUAUGCGCAAAACAUGCGCGAAAUAUUAAAAUGCUAGCGCUUGCUCGUUAACAAUUUGUUGCAUUCCAUGGGGAUCAGAACAAGAGAUGAGCACUGUAAAAACAAUCAGGGAAUGACCUCCAAAGAGACUGCAUUCCAUUCUAGAGUAUAGGGUAUAUAUAUAAAUAGUGCUAAGAGUAGGAUUUGGAUGGCCAUGCAUUAAGAUCAGUUGAUGAUAGGCCAUAAAUCUGUGGUGGAUGUGUAAUGAAAGUUCAUAGUAUCACUACUGAGAGUGCAUUGUAUUAGAGACUGCAGAUGUUUUGGGGUAUAUACCAUUAUAGUGGACCAGUUUAAUGGAUUGAAUGAUGUGUAGAAAGUAUAAAUGGAUUGAGGGUAAAGGUUGAUGGCAGUCCAUGAAGACCCAAUUGUAGUAACUGAAGGCAUGAGAUGUAGAAAGUGCAAAGAGUGAAACAAUUCUGCAGAAGUAACCCUGCCCAUGCAAACUUGGUCAUGCACGUAGUAGCAAGUGCACAGCAUCAGUAUGCCCUCCAUAUGUGCAGCUUACUACCAAGCUAUUCUCACUGAGUUUUGGACUUUAUGUACGUACGUGGUGUGAUUUGACCUGUGCCAUCCCUAAUCCCUAGAGCGUCUACCAACGUGGAUAAUCUUCGAUAUCAUGUACAGUCAAAGGAUGAAAUGGUUGAUGAUGAUAAUGAUGUGUUCAACUUCAAUUUCUCUUGCCGAUGACUGCCCUGCACACUAUUAUGGUAGUUUGAAGCUUACUUGCGCAGCCCCACACUCUAAGGUGCCUGUCUUCUUGGCCUGCUGGACUCUAUCACACAUUAUAGAAUGUUUGAUAGAGUUCAAAGGUUAGAGUACAACUCUGCCACUACUAUAUAGGGUUUGAGGAAUUAGUGACUCUGUCCCUCUGCUGUUGCAGUUUGAUACAGAUAGUGGGCCAAGAGAAGUGCCUCAGACCAGCAAUUGUUGCACUAGAGUAGCAUGAGGAGGAACAUUGGAACAGGGAAAUUAUAGUCCACAGCUAUCAAAAAGCAUAGACAAGUUUUGAUAGGUGAUCUUAGGGUAAUGAGGUGGAAUGGACUGUGUACACAUACGGGCCAUUACACUAAUGGCUCCUCUCAAGCCCAUUUCUCUGAUAGCUGUGAAAAUUUAGCCUCCAGACAUGCUAAGUACAAGCUCAUUACUACCCCAUGGUCCAAAGUCCGUUCCCCUUGGUAGCAUAGCAGCCAUUACUGUAAUGCCCUUUCAACCACUACUGUGUAUAAAGUCCACUCCACUUCAAUCUUAUACCUUAUCAAAACUUAUUGUGGUCUAUAAAACCCUUGGGUAAGGUUGAGACCAGUGGAAUGGACUGUGUAUACAGUAGUGGUCAAAAGGUAAUGGCUGCUGUCGUCAAAGACUCUAUGACAGUGUGCAAAUUGGGGUGCAUUCGCCCAUGCAUGUCAUGCACUCCAAUGUAUACAGUACCUGCAUGGCUAGUAACAUGAAGUUGAAGGGAAGGUAGAACGGUCCAUUUGGGUAGACAAGGAGACAGAUGUAGAGGGUGGAGUAGAGAGCCUUUGUUACAAACCAGUAGAUCCUGAAGAGGAAGCUGUGGGCAAUGAUGAUUGUGUGUUAGAGCCACAAUUAUAACAUACGCAUGACAGAAAUAGAUGAUAAGGUGACGCUAAAUCUGCGAAAGGUCCUGUAAAGUAAGAAAAAUCACACCAAGUUCUACUUCUGCCAAUCCCAUAAACAUGUGCCCGAAAGGACUGCAAUAGUGGGAAUCACUAUUCGGUAGCAAACAGGAGGAAGCCAAUGUUGGCACAUGUCACCACCCAGUGAACCGCCCUCCCGCCCUGCUCCUUGAAAUAUAGAAUGAAAUUGUACAAUAUUAUUGUACAACUGCCGCGGGGGGUGUCCUGCCAAGAUAACGAACCCGGUAAUUAGCAAGAGGAUGCUCACGGGUCACGUGACCAAGUUAGGCAGCCCAUGGGACAACCAUGUGCCAUCACGUGACCUGCCGUGAAUGCAUGACAAUGAGGGUGUGGCAUGACAGUGCGUAAGUCUAUGAAAGUAUGCAAGUUAGGGUGCAUUCGCCCAUGCAUGUCAUGCACUCCAAUGUAUCGUACAGUGUUCCUCUGGGGAUAGCUGCCAGGAAUGGACAUACUGAGGCAGUUCAGAGACUCCUUGAAAUAGAGAAUGGACUUUGACCCCUCCAGGAAUACGUCUCCAGUAUCGUGGAUGAAGAUGAGGAACACCCCAAUGAUGAACAUUUGACAAAUCUUGUUAUUGCAAGAACUUGAUUACGGAUAGCACUAAAGAGUCCGCCGUGAAUAACAGUCCGAUUCUGCCAGUGCCGGGGAGCAGUCUGUGUAGCUAUGGAUGUAACUGCAUAAGUUGGGUGCAGUGUUGAUGUAUGACAUCACAUCUCGGAGUUCGUUCACCACAAUGUCCUCAGUUGGAUGGACAGUAUCAGAGAGCACGGCUCUCCUCUCCUCAAGAUAGCUCUGGUCGCCCACAAGAUUGACCUGGAGGACGACAGACAAGUCUCAGUGGAGGGACAGAAGCUUGCAGAAACCUACAAUUGUCUCUUCUUUGAAGCCAGCUCCAGGGCUGGCAAGAACUGUGUCAAGAUCAAGGCCCACAACUCCAUGCCAGCCACAGAGGCCAGUAGAAGGAUACUGGCAGAGAAUGACUUGAACUCUAGUGGUAGUCAGAGUAGAGGAAAGACUUCCUGCUGUGCCAGAUAACUAGCUCAGUCUACAACAAUGUGUAUACCAUAAUUAUUAUGUGUUAUUGCCUCAAUUAACGAAUAUGCUCUUGCUGUAUAAUAAUUAUCAUUGUAUAAUUCCUGCAUAGUUGUAUCCAUUGUCCAGAUAUUAUAGCUAUCACCUA